CUACAUAUUCAUAUCUCUUUCCUCUUUCUUUUCAUCUCAACAAUGGCAACGGGGAAGCCACUACCAAAGUUUGGUGAAUGGGAUGUGAACAAUCCUGCUUCUGCAGAAGGAUUCACUGUCAUUUUCAGCAAAGCUAGUGACGAGAAGAAGACCAAGAAAGCAUCCGGUAGCGCAGGCCCUAGUACUCUGGUUUCACCUCAGAACACCGAUCAAAACAACAACCAAGAUUCUCAAAACCCAAAAGCUAAGAAGAAAUGGCUUUGCUUCGGUUAACUCCUGUGGUCUUCUGAAGUAUCAGAUGGUUAUGAAGCUGAAGAAGUUGGCAGAGAGAUCUCAAACAAAGUCAAACAAAAUGGCUUUAGAGUUCAUGAACCCUAUCUUACUCUUUGACUUUUCUUCUUCUUUUGUCUUCUGCUGAUAUUAUAUACAUUCUGUUUCUUCUUUUUGUUUGCCAACAAUUUUCCCAAAAACGGAUACAAUCAUAUAAGAGAACACAUUUGUCUCCUGACUCCACCUAAAAACUUGUUU